AUGACACCAACGCUUUUCUCGGGAUUAUUAUUGUUGCUCGGAUCCACACUGCCUAUUUUACGAUUGAAGUUGAUUCUAAGGGAUUUAUUGACGGUGCAAUCAGUAGAGGGUGAGGCCCUCAUCGAAUCCAUCAAAAUUACCGAUCCAUUGUGCUCGUUGUUUAUCACUUUCUGCGAUAUGGAUAAUCCGCAGAAAGAGAUAACCACUGCGCACGUUUUUCACACUAAACAGCAACGACAGUAUCCGCAGACGCGAAAAGUUGUCUACACCCCCUCUAGGGGGUCAAGGAGCAUGUAUACGAUGUCGGCAUCCCCUGCCUUUAUAGAAGAAAGCGAUGACGAUGAAAGUUAUCGCAAACGAAAAUCAUCCAGCAAGGCUCUGGUGUAUCCAGCACCUGCCAGAUACCAUCACAAUCAGAUUGUACAAGAGGCAACUAUAUCCUACUCAGCUCCGCUAACAAUAUCUGCUCCAAGUUCACCGCUUUCUCGUCCGCUAAGCAGUUCGGAACGGAAUGGGGUCGAUGAGUAUUCGCCUCUUCAAGAUUAUUUCGCUGACCAGCGGCUUAAUCAAAAAUCAUUUUCAAGCCCUGAAUCUGUGGAACGUGUGAACGCGCGGGGAAGGCAUGAAACAGAGUUUCCAGUGCGGAUUGCGUAUAUUGGUGGCGAAUCCAUAAGUCCGGUGCAUUCGGUACCAAUCACAACUUUGCCGUCCACGUAUCGUGGUCCACUUAUUGAUAGCCGUGCAUCCACACGUCUAGCCGAAUCCGUGGUCUCAGAAACGACUACUAUUCAAGAGCUCACCACUAUCACAACUACAAGCCACGGUCGCAGUUUAUCUUCUGAGAUGCCUGGAGUGACAGAAUUAGCGCAACGCUUCGAACGCAGCUCUCGUAGCGAUAGCGGAGAUACGACAAUUGGAAGGACCACACCUAAACCACCACCAAGAGUUGUUGUUGUAUCGAAACCUGGUCCAGAAUUUGUUUAUUCGUCUGAUGAAUCGAAGGUACGUCGUAUUGAAAGACCUGUCUACUCGCCAUCCGAUCAGAAAUCCGUGCUUUCCACCACUGUCGUGGACAUCGAACCUCCAAAAUUCCGAACUGUUCAACCUCACUAUGUAGAGGAAAGAUAUCAACUGGAGGAGCAGUACCGUUCUGUGAAAUCGUACACAGGCCCAAAGAAGGAGACGACCACCUACAAGACGAAGGAAGUGAUUAUCCCAACUGUAGAUAAAAAGGAAACAAAGGAAAGCUCCAAGGAAACUAUUACUGGGCAUACGGUAUUCUCCUCUCGUACCGAACAUCGUACUUCACCUAAAGAUCAGCAACGUGAGCCAGAAAUCGAGGAAAUUCGUGGAGCCACUCCAGUUAGGAGUGUUGUGGAACAAUUUGAAAGUAAAAUUGAAGAGGGUCGAAGGACGCCUGAGAGACGUCCUUAUCACUACAAAGAAAAAAUCGAGGAAACUAUCACUCGUGAACAAAGAGGUUCUCCAACGGAACUUCGUGAACGGGAAGUGUACAUUCCAAAAAGUGACCUACUUCCGACGAGAAAAACCUAUACCGAAUCAAUUACGACGUCGAGGAAGAUGUCCGGAUCGGAUCGAGAGCAACCGUAUCAUGGGAGAAGAGAAAUAACGAGGGAGGAGGUUGAAAGAGUGCCACCGUUUAGUGGUGUGCGCGAAACGUACACGGAAGAAGUGAGCAGGGGUCAACCGUACACUGAACGUAGGGAAGUUCGACGUGAGGAAGUGGAGAAAGGCACGACCGAUACGGAUGAGUACAAACGUCGUGGCACAACGGAAAGAGGAAGAGUUGUUCCUGUCGAGAAAAUAGGAAAAGUGAAAAGAGAAGAUGUGACUCUGGAAACAGUGACGGAAACCGUGCACACAUUCCCUCGUGCUGUGGCCCCGAAACCUCGCUCUCCUACACCGCCAAGAGCUGCGAAGAGUACGCUGGAGAUUUCUAAGGAAGAAGUUGUGGAGGAGAAAAAACAACCGGAGAAACCUCCACGCGAAUUCCAACAAAAGAGAACUGAAAGAAGUGAGAGGACUGAAAGGACAGAGAGGACCGAAAGGACAGAAACGGAGAGAACUGAAACCUACGAGACCGAGAGGACGAGGACUACAGAAGAUAGCACCAGGACGACACCGUCGCAACCUCAACGACCUCUACGAUCGGAUAUGCCGUCCCUAUACACGGAGGAACAUCACCACUAUUCAAUGCGAACAGGUGGAAUUGGCGGAAGAAGUACACAACCGUCAAGCGGCAUGGCACACACCGGUACCGGCGAAUUUAUCUCUGGCAGCAGUGUGACUGCGGGAGAGAUCCGAGAAAUCCGUGAAAGAGAAAAGAGGGAGAUGAGAGGAUUGAACGAUCGACUGGCGGCUUACAUUGAACAGGUUCGAUUCCUGGAAGCUCAAAAUCGGAAACUUAACCAUGAUUUGGAAAGGUUGACGAAAGGAAAACACGCUCCAGGAAUUAGGAUGAUGUACGAGAAGGAGAUAGCGCAGUCACAGUCGAUCAUAGCCGAUGCUAAGAGGGACUAUGGAAACAUGGAAAAAGAAGUGCGUGGUCUCACUGCUGAUCUAACAGACAUCCGAUCGAGAUAUGAUGCCGCCGUAAAAGCCCGUGGUCAGGGUAACGAGGACGAUUUGAUCGUAAAACUUUGCGACCUACAAGCUCAGAUUUGCAUGACAAAAAGACGCAACGCAGUGAUUGAUGAGGAAUGCAAGCGCAUCCGUGCUGAAAACCUCAAGCUCAGCUCUGAUCUUGCUGCUCAGCGACAACUGCUCGAGAAGGAAUCCCUUCAAAGAAUGAAUUACGAGCAUCAGGCACAGGCCCUCAUCGAAGAAUGCAAAAUAAUCGCCAGUAGCAACAAUGUUAAACUCGACAAAUACAAAUAUCAGGAUACAACUGAAGAGAAUCGUGCUAUCUUCAGGCAGGGACUACUGGAAGCGAUCGCCGAAAUCCGAAAACUAUACGAUGAGGAUACAUCGAAGUUCCGCAGUGAAAUGGAGUCGUGGUAUAGCAAGCAGGUCAUCGAAAUUCGUACAAGCAGUCGUCUUGCCGCCGAUGCUAACAGUACGAAGGAAAAGGUGAAACAACUACGAACUCAGCUCACUGAAAUGCGCACGAAUUUGGCUAAUCUUGAAGGACGAAACCACAUCCUCGAAAAGCUCAUCCAGGAUCUGAACUACCAGAUUGAAGAUGAAAGCCGUGUCACCAUGGCGCAUCUUAGCGAAAAGGAUGACGAGAUCCGUGCCGUUCGUGCUCAAUGCCAAGCGAUUACUGUGGAACUCGAAAAACUUAUCGUUGAAAAAGUUAAUCUCGAUGCCGAAAUUAGCAAAUAUCGUCAAUUACUGGAGGGUGAAGAAAAUAGGACACACGGAAGAGUCAUUUCAACUGCUAGCCAUUCUUUCGACGGUGUAUCGCAAUCAAUUGCAGGCGUACACGUACGAUCUAGCGCUAUUCGCCGUGUAACCGGAGCAAAUCGUUAUGAAGCACAGAGAUCCGCGCAGGGAAAUGUAUCAAUUCUUGAUGUUGCUUCCGACGGUUCUUUCGUAACUAUCGAGAACACGUCCGUUUCACAUGAUGAAAUGAUCGGCGAGUGGAGACUACGUAGUUUUGGUGGAGGUCGUGAUGUUAGCUUUACUUUCCCGCGAGGAUUCGUUCUUACGCCCAAGUCGAAGGUUACGAUUUACGCCCGAGGAAAAGGUGUCUACGCUCCACCACAUUCGUUGGUGUUUGAGGCUGAGGAUUCGUUUGCGACCGGAGGCGACGUGCAUACCUACCUCUAUAAUGAUGAAAACCAAGAACGAGCCACUGUUAUCCAUCGCUCUUCACAAUUUUAA